AUUAUAAAUUACGCAUCGAGUUGAAUCUUUGAUUGAAUUAUUAUCAUUUAUCAAUACAUUUCUUAAUUCUAAAGAUUAAAAAACUAAGGAUAAAAGAAGCGUGUGUUUCGCCAUUCUCUCUUCACCUUUUUCUGUAACCUCAUUCUCUCUCUCUCUCUCGACCAUUUCCGUUUUGCUGUCUCUCCGAUCAUGGCUUCCUCUGCAUCCUCUGGAGCGAAAUUUGUGCCAGAAGAAGAUAACUUCUUACAGAGACAUGUAGCCUUCUUCGAUAGGAACAAAGAUGGCAUCGUUUAUCCCUCAGAGACAUUUCAAGGGUUUAGAGCAAUUGGAUGUGGAUAUCUCUUGUCGGCAUUCGCUUCUCUGUUCAUCAAUAUGGGUCUAAGCAGCAAAACUCGUCCGGGAAAAGGUUUCUCGAUAUCAUUUCCGAUAGAGGUAAAGAAUAUCCAUCUAGCCAAACAUGGCAGUGAUUCAGGCGUUUACGACAAGAAGGGAAGAUUUGUGGAAUCGAAGUUCGAGGAGAUAUUUGCUAAGCAUUCAAAGACACAUCCCGAUGCAUUGACAAACAAGGAACUCAAACAACUUCUCAACUCAAACAAAGAGGCUAAUGAUCGUAAAGGAGCGAUUGCUGCAUUUACGGAGUGGAAGAUCUUGUAUUAUCUAUGCAAAGACAAGAACGGGUUGUUGCACAAAGAUACAGUGAGAGCUGUCUAUGAUGGUUCUCUUUUCGAGAAACUCGAGAAACAAAAAGCUUCUAAGAAACAUGCUUAAACCACCAUUUUAAAAACAAACUCUUCUAUGCUUGUGAUUUGUGAAUCUGUUUGUUCAUAAUGCAUUUAUUAUUGAACAAUGGCGUAAAGAUUGCAAAGUUUGAUUUUCAAAAUUUUAUAGUUCUUGUCCUUUUUUUGUUUGUAUUUAAUCAAGUAUGUACGUUCUUAUAUCUUCCAAUAAAUGAUUAGUAGACC